GUGAGCGCAGUUAGCAGAGCAGUUUUUUUCCCCCCAAAGCUCCUCCUCUGUCGUCGGAAAGAGGAGACCAGUCACAUUUGUGCUCAAUGAGAGCAAGAAGGCAAGAGAGGAUUUGCUAAUUUCCAACCUGCGGCGCCGCGCGGCUGUUUUCUCGCCUCUGUCAAAGCAGAGGCUAAUAUGAAGACACCAUUUGGCAAACCAGACCCUGGAAAGCACCUAGAAUCAUUUCAACUUAUUUGAAGCCGAAGACAACACCAUGGAUUGUUUCCGGUAAAACCUGCCCCCCACUCUCCCUUCUUUCUAACUAGCCAUUGAGAGUGAGGACACAAAGACCUGCGCAGAGAUGGGUUCAGACAACCCCUGUAUGGUUACACGGGAAAGACCCAUAUUGGGUGCUACCUGUCAGCGACAUGGCCACCAGUAUCUACGGAGAAAGCUGAGGCCUGUGCGAAUCUUAGGGUUCGUCCUCAGCUUGGUGGCCAUAAGUGCUAUCUCCUUCUCCUUCAGUGCCUUGACCUGGAGCUCAGGGGGUCUCGGUGAGCCACUACUCCCCCAGGAGAACCUCCGUCACUUGGCCCCACAUAGGACUCUCCUCUCUACCCAGCACCAGGGGGACCCCAAUAUCUCAGCUGACAUGCCAAUAGCCAUGAAGUCUUCAGCAGAUAGCAACGAAAGCCAAGGGGAAUAUCCUACGGACCUUUUCAGCCUUGAGAAGAGGCGCCAAGGUGCGGUGGUCCUCCACAUGUUUGGCAUGCUCUACAUGUUCAUUGCCUUAGCCAUAGUGUGUGACGAAUUCUUCGUCCCAGCCCUGACAGUUAUCACAGAGAAGCUGUCCAUCUCCGAUGAUGUGGCAGGUGCCACCUUCAUGGCAGCAGGUGGCUCAGCCCCAGAGCUCUUCACCUCGGUUAUUGGCGUCUUCAUCUCGCACAGCAACGUGGGCAUUGGGACCAUCGUGGGCUCAGCUGUCUUCAACAUUCUCUUCGUGAUAGGGAUGUGUGCCAUCUUCUCCAAGGAGAUCCUCAACCUUACAUGGUGGCCCCUCUUCCGUGAUGUCUCCUUCUACAUCCUGGAUCUGAUCAUGCUCAUCAUCUUCUUCCUGGAUAACUUAAUCAGUAUGUGGGAAAGUGCUGCGCUGCUGACAGCUUAUGCAGCCUACGUGAUCUUCAUGAAGUUCAAUGGCAAGGUUGAGGGCUUCGUCAAAGGUUGCAUGAGCAAGAACCAAGUGGUCGAGGUGGAGGUGCAACCCAAGGAUGAGAAGGCAAGUCCUGGGGCACCGGAGGAUGACAGCAAGCUGUCGGCCAGGCCUCGGCUGCAGAGAGGGGGUAGUUCUGCCUCCCUUCACAACAGCCUCAUGAGGAACAGUAUUUUCCAACUCAUGAUCCACACACUGGACCCUCUCAGUGAAGAAUUUGCUGACUCUGAGCUUGGGACUUAUGGGAAACUAAAAUAUUAUCACACAAUGACUGAGGAAGGCAAAUUUAGAGAGAAGGCAUCCAUCCUUCACAAGAUCGCUAAAAAGAAAUGCCAAGUAGAGGACAGUGAGAAGGCCAAUGGAGUAGCAAGCCGCUCAGAUAAGAACCUCCCAAACAGCUCCAGUGUGGAAGUGGAAGUGACGCCACCCAUGAAUGGAACAGCGGGGCAAGAAGGGGAAGCGGCUGAGGAUGAAGAGGAAGAGGACCAGCCUCUGAGCCUGUCUUGGCCGGAGUCUAACCGCAAGCGCUUUACCUACCUCUUCAUCAUGCCUAUUGUCCUCCCCUUGUGGCUCACACUGCCUGACGUCAGGAAACCGACUGCCAAGAAGUUCUUCCCCAUCACCUUCUUGGGUGCUAUCUGCUGGAUUGCAGGCUUCUCCUACCUGAUGGUGUGGUGGGCUCACCAGGUUGGAGAGACCAUCGGGAUUACAGAGGAGAUUAUGGGCCUGACUAUGUUAGCAGCUGGUACCUCCAUCCCCGACCUCAUCACCAGUGUUAUUGUGGCACGCAAAGGGCUGGGUGACAUGGCUGUCUCCAGCUCCGUUGGUUCCAACAUCUUUGACAUUACUGUUGGACUGCCAUUCCCCUGGCUCCUGUGGUCCUUCAUCAACGGCCUAAGACCGGUGACAGUCAGCUCCAACGGCCUCUUCUGUGCCAUCGUGCUCCUCUUCCUCAUGCUCCUCUUCGUCAUCAUCUCCAUUGCCGCCUGCAAGUGGCGCAUGAGCAAGCUGCUGGGCUUCAUCAUGUUCCUGCUGUACUUCGUCUUCCUGGUGGUCAGCGUCAUGCUGGAGGACAGGGUCAUCAGCUGUCCAGUGUCCAUCUGAGGGCCGUCUCUACUUGCUGUCUCCUCAUCACCACCACCACAACCAUCCCUCUUGUCUGCCAUCACUGUCACGCCCCCUGACCCUGGUAAUCCCUGACCCCGGGACUAAAAAGAAGCUGGAUGAGAGAAUAACACGAACAUGUGGAGUCUACCUUUGUUUUGAGUGGGGUGGGUGGUGGGGGAGUUAAAUCAACGAGGGCACAUAACUUUGGUUUGGCUGAUUUAGUAGGGGCCCGACCUGAGUGGAUUUCUUUUUUUGUUUUGUUUUGUUUUGUUUUGUUUUUUUGUUUUGUU